AUGCCCGGUCCGUCACUAGCUAUUAGCCACGAUGGCCUGGGCCCAGUGUUCCUUGAGCAGCUGCUCAAGAGAAAUUCCAAUGCUGCCCUGCUGAUUAGCAGAGUGACAAACAGCCAGCACCAGCACCCGGUGAACAACAACGGGGCCGGUGGGGCUGCCGCGGGGAACAACCGGGGGGUGCGGAACCCCAACCUCAACCAGAACCCCCUGAUCAACGUGCGCGACCGCCUCUCCGCCCGCCUCUUCCCACCCUCCUUCCGCCGCAUCUUCGAGUUCUUUGUCCUCCUCAAGGCUCUCUUCGUGCUGUUCAUCCUCGCUUACAUUCACAUCGCCUUCUCCCGCUCACCCAUUAACUGCCUGGAGCACGUGCGGGACAAGUGGCCACGCGAGGGCAUCUUGCGGGUGGAAAUACAACGCAACUCCAGCCGAGCCCCCAUCUUCCUGCAGUUCUGUGAGGCGGAGAAAUUCCCGGGCAUGGUAAUUGAGCCCCUGCGCGAGGAGGAGGAGGAAGAGGAGGAGGAGAUGACCGUGGAGAUGUUUGAGAACAGCUCUGUCAAGUUUCAGCUGGACAUUGAGCCCAAGGUGUUUCUCAAGCCGUCCCGGGGAAGCAGCGUUGAGGCGCUGACGCAGGUGACCCAGAACGAAAGCCAGGAGUUCUCGUUUAGCGAGGCGACCACUAAAGUGUGGCCCCAAGAAGAGUACAUUGUGGAGUAUUCUUUGGAGUACGGGUUCUUACGCCUGUCUCAGAGCACGCGCCAGCGGCUCAGCAUCCCAGUCAUGGUGGUGACACUAGAUCCCACCAGGGACCAGUGCUUUGGAGACCGAUUUAGUCGCCUGCUGCUGGACGAGUUCCUGGGUUACGAUGACAUUCUGAUGUCCAGCGUGAAAGCGCUGGCCGAAAACGAAGAGAACAAAGGCUUCCUCCGCAACGUGGUGUCGGGGGAGCACUAUCGCUUUGUCAGCAUGUGGAUGGCCAGGACCUCGUAUCUGGCAGCCUUUGUCAUCAUGGUCAUAUUUACUCUGUCAGUCUCAAUGCUGUUGCGAUACUCUCACCACCAGAUCUUUGUCUUCAUUGUGGACCUCCUGCAGAUGCUGGAAAUGAACAUGACCAUUGCAUUCCCUGCUGCUCCCUUGCUCACUGUCAUUUUGGCUCUAGUAGGCAUGGAGGCCAUAAUGUCCGAGUUCUUCAAUGACACCACCACUGCGUUCUACAUCAUCCUCAUUGUGUGGCUGGCUGACCAGUAUGACGCCAUCUGUUGCCACACCAAUACCAGCAAGAGGCAUUGGCUCAGGUUCUUCUACUUGUACCACUUUGCCUUCUAUGCGUACCACUAUCGCUUUAACGGGCAGUACAGCAGCCUGGCUCUGGUCACCUCGUGGCUUUUCAUCCAGCAUUGCAUGAUCUACUUCUUCCACCAUUACGAGCUGCCGAGCGGCUGGAGGGCAGGGAAGAGGCGGUCCGUAUCUCCCUCGGACCGGAACCCUUCGUGCCCAGCGUCUCCCUGCAAGGAGCUGCAGAGACGUUCUACACCGCACACGAGCCGCCGGCCCCCAUCUUCCUAA